AUGUAUUCUGUAGCAGGGGGUUGUGUAGCAAUUGUUGUAAUUAUUAUAAUAUUAUAUUUGUUAGUGGAAUUAAUAGUAGUUCCUAAUUUUUGCAAUAAAAGAUGUAGAAGCAAAGUAUGUCUUGUUGGGAAGACUGCUUUAGUCACGGGAGGAAGUUCUGGAAUGGGUUACGAAAUUGUAUUAGAACUUGCUCAAAGAGGAUGCAGAGUAAUUGUAGCUGACAAAAUAGUGUCCAAUAAUAUUAAGAACAAGUUUAUCGAAAAAACUAACAAUUUUAAUAUUUCCCUUGAUUAUGUAGAUUUGGGAAGCUUUCAAUCGGUUAGGGCGUUCGCGGAGAAACUAACUAAUCGAGAGAAGAAAAUUGAUAUUUUAAUUCAUAAUGCUGGUAUAGGUCCAAUUAUCAAUGGACUCAGCACAGAUGAUUUAAAUCUAACCAUGCAAGUUAAUUUUUACAGUCCAUUUUUAUUGACACAUUUGCUUUUGGAUCUACUAAAAAAUUCGCAAUCGGCCCGAUUAAUCUUUUGUAGUUCUUCUAUAAUAAAGCAGUUACAUAGCCUGUUUUUGUUGGAAAAAUGUGUAAUAAGAAAAUUAGAACAAUACAAGUUCUCAAAAUUUUGUCUAGCUGCGACAGCUGAUAUUUUUGCCAAAAAACUAAGAAGAUUCAACAUUUCCUCAAAUUGUUAUGAUCCAGGAGUAGUAAAUACAAAUAUACAUGCCCAGUUUAUUACCAACAAAUUCAUCUAUUCUUUAUGGUUUACAACUUUCCGAUCGUUGUUUAAGAGUCCUGAAGAUGGAUGUCAGACGGCAAUAUACUUAGCUUGUGCUAAAGAAGCUGAAGGAGUUACCGGACAAUUUUUCGCAGACCUGAAACCUCUAAAUAAGCCUAAAGUCAUGUUUGAUGAGAAGGUGUGUCAGAGUAUUUGGAAUAAGGCAGAAAAACUAGUACGUCUAGAAAAAGACGAGAUAUUAUAA